UUGUGAAGUGACAAACAAGCGCUAAUGUUGUGAUGAAGCAGAUUUUUGUUGCAAAAACCUCUAAAAUUGAAGCUCUGCUUAGUUUAUGAAAGUUUCUCAAGUUGCAAAGCAGUCAGAAUACAAAAGAUAAAGUGAAACGUAUAUACAAAAGAUGACAACGCCACUUGGAUAUGACGAGCUUCUGCAGUGUCCCUUCGAGAAAGCUCACCGGGUUCAGGCACAUGCAAUGUCAAAACAUCUUUUCAAAUGCCAGAAAAAUCACCGGAAUAUGAAAUUUAUUACGUGCCCCUUCAACGGGACUCAUCGAGUGGCAGCAGACGACCUAAAGAUUCAUGUAGCGGAAUGCAAAGAUCGAGGUGUAUUGGAUACGUAUAAAUACCCAAUAUCUACUUCGGCAGCAAAUGUUCCGUCCCCUGCCGAUUUAGUUUAUAACACUAGGCCACCAACAGGCUCGUCAGUGUCUCACAACAAUAAUGUGAAUGAAGAGUGCUGGGAUAACAUGGAUGCACCAGCGUAUAAUCCUGAAGUAUACUGUGCAAAAGCAAAAGUGAUCCGGAAAGCCACCCUUAAAACUCCAUCAGAGAAAAAGGCUUUCUACGAAAGCGAACGUCUGAGGUUGCAAGAUUUAAAAUUGACCGAUUAGAACUAUCUAAUCUAUGCUGGUAUUGUAAUUAAGUUCGUGAUUAAAAACGCAUGAGGUUAAUCAAAUAUCGUGUAAAAUAUAUAGAAAAUAAAGAAUGUUUAUGCUGU